AUGGGUUUACGUUAUUCAUCAAAGGAAGAAAAUGCUAAAUAUUUUCAUCGAGGAUAUAUAUUUGAACCAAAUAUAAGACAAAUUGAUGGUUUGGAUUUUUAUAAUUGUAUUUUUCUUAAGAAAGGAGAAAAACGAUUAGUUAGAAAAGUGAAUAAUGUCAUGUUGAAGGGAUGGACAUUUCAUGAUUUGUUAAAAAUAAGAACAUUGAAUUAUGAAUGUAUAAAUACUCACUUAAAUUAUUUAUUAAGGAUUUAUAAUAUUUUUGAAGACCAAGAUUUUGCUUAUGUUGUUUCAGAAAAUUGCUCGGGAGGAUUUCUGUUUGACGUUUUAAAAAACAAUGACACGAUUAUUAGUGAGCAAUCAUUAUCUACAUGGCUAUAUCAAAUAAUAACAGCUCUUUUGUUUAUGGAAGAACAUGAUAUAUACCAUGGGAAUGUGAAUGGAUAUUGUAUCUUUUUUAAAGACGAGGAUCGAAAAGAAAUCCGUGUAAGUUUAUUAAGUAAAAAUAGUAAGUAUGAUAACUUUGAUGAAGAUGGGAAUUUGUAUGGUUUAUUUUAUAUUAGAUCACCACAAGAAAUAAGGAAAUUAUAUCAUGAUAAAAAUAAUACGUGGUAUAUAGGUGUUCUGUUAUAUUUGUUUUUGUUUGGGACAUAUCCUUUUAUAAGUAAUAAUGUUUUAUUGAAUUAUUAUAAUAUUGUUAGUAAGGAUAUUCUUUUUAAUACAUCCCAAAUUCAAAAUAAAAAUUUCAGUCCCUUUGUAUUGGACUUUUUAGAAAAAGCCCUCGAAAAAAAUUAUGUUAAAAGACCCACCUUGAAGGAAUUGCUAAAGCAUCCAUGGAUAACGGGAAGAGAAAAACACUCAAAUAUCGAUAUAGUGGAUGAAAAAACAAGAAUGAUGGCGCAACAAACUAUCGUAUGCGCAGAAAAUAUUAUUCUUAACUUAGAGGAGGACAAUGAGUGA